AAUAAAAAGCCGAGAAACCACGUCACUACGUUCUGCUGGAUAACCCUGCGACCAGAAGAGCGAGAGUGAAAAAAAAAACCGUUGAGAUGAAGUUUGAUUGAUGAUAGCAAUUGAAGUUCUAAGGUAAUACGAAAAUGGAGUCUCUUCCUCUCACCACUAAAACCUCAUUCCUCACCGCCACUACUCACUUUCCAUGGCUUCCAUCCUCCAACAGAACAACAACAACAAGAACUGUUUAUCUAAAUCAAAGAAAAAUCAACAAGGUUUUUGCCUCAUCAUCACACUCACACGAUGAACAGAAAAAACCUAAACUCGAUAAUGAAGACCUCAUGGAACUCAAGUUCGGUCGUUUACUUGGCGAGGAUCCUAAACUCACUCUUGCCAAGAUUAUGGGAAGAAAAACCAACCCUGAUGCUUCUUAUCUUGAUAUUGAGAAAUCAUUUUAUAAAAGAAAAAAGGGGAAAGUUGUGGAAAUUGAGGAACUUCCAUUUGAAGUUGAAAGACCUUGGGCAAAGACUUCACCUCCCAAACCACAACUCGAACCCGUUGAUAAGAAUGUUGCAAUGGAGAUUAAGAAACCUAGCUUGCCGCCGAGUAAGUUGGGGAAUGUUAGGAGAAGUAGUGUUCCUAAGGCUAUUUUGAGAAAACCGUCCUUGUUUAAAAAGGAGGAGGAUGGAGAGAAGGAUGAAGAGGAAGAUGUGUCUUCGAGGUUGGUGUUAAAACCGAAUUUGAGUCUGAGUGGACAAGUGAAGGAGAAGUUUAGUGACAUGACAUUGUUGAGGAAGCCGGGGUUGUCCAUUGGUGGGAAUAGGGAUGGUGGGUUGAAGAUGCGGAAAGAAGAGCCGGGUUAUGAAGUUGCUAACUUGACGUUGUUGGAACAACCGCAUAGAUCGGGUUGUAAUAAAGAACUAGAGAAAUUUGCGGAGCCGGGUGAUGGAGUUGGUAAGUUGACGUUGUUGGAACAGCCGCACAGACCAAGUAGUAAUAAAGAACUAGAGAAGUUUGCAGAGACAGGUGAUGAAGUCGGUACAUUGAGCUUGUUGGAACAACCACAUAGACCAAGCAGCAAAAAAGAGGAAGAGAAGUUUGACCAGCCAAGUGAUGAAGUCGCUAAUUUGAGCCUGUUGGAACAGCCGCACAGACCAAGCGGCAAAAAGGAACAAAAGAAGUUUGAAGAUCCAAGUGAUGAAGUCGCUAAAUUGAGUUUGAUGGAACAGCCACACAGACCAAGCGGCAAAAAAGAACAAGAGAAGAUUGAAGAGCAAAGUGAUAAAAUCACUAAAUUGAGCUUGUUGGAACAGCCACACAAACCAAGCGGCAAAAAAGAACAAGAGAAGUUUGAAGGUCCAAGUGAUGAAGUCGCUAAAUUGAGUUUGAUGGAACAGCCGCACAGACCAAGCGGCAAAAAAGAACAAGAGAAGAUUGAAGAGCUAAGUGAUAAAAUCACUAAAUUUAGCUUGUUGGAACAGCCACACAAACCAAGCGGCAAAAUAGAACAUGAGAAAUUUGAAGAUCCAAGUGAUGAAGACGCUACAUUGAACUUGUUGGAACAGCCACAAAGACCAAGCGGCAAAAAAGAACAAGAGCAGUCUGAAGAGCUAAGUAAUAUAGUCAAGAAGGUGAUCUUGUUGGAACAGACACACAGACCGAGUGACAAAGACGAAAAGCAGUUUGGAGAUGCGAGAGUCGUAGUCCCAAAUGAUGGAUCGGAGCAAGAUGAGCAGAGACAACCAGAGGUCCAUCAGGAGCCGAUCGAUUUAAAUCAACCGUCUGAUUUAAAUUCCGUUGGUUCUAAGACGGAGUUGUCCGUCGAAGCUGCAAUACAAGGAAAGCCAAAAAGAUUAGAUCAAUAUGUGAAACAAACCUCCAAACCUGCUGAAGAAAAAACUGCUUCUCUUGAUCCUGGAAGUCGCGGAAACAGCGAAGAAUCAGGCAAUUUUUUUGAUGCGUCAGAUAUUCAGGAAGGCGAUGAUGCUGAUUGGACCAGGGCAGAAGAUUUUAUUAAGAAUGGAGAUAGAGACGAUGUGGAACUAAUAAGCUGCAGCGCCAAGGGUUUCGUUGUUUCUUUUGGUACCUUGGUUGGAUUUCUGCCAUACCGUAAUCUUUUGUCCAAGUGGAAGUUCUUAGCUUUUGAGUCAUGGUUAAGGCAGAAGGGCUUGGAUCCAUCAAUGUACAAGCAAAACUUGGUCACUGUGACAAAUAAUGAUGCUGAAAAUAAUAAUUUGUCAGCUGAUCCUCCUUUGCAUACGGAGAAUGAUAGUAAAUUUGAAGAUAAAGUUUCUCCAGAUAUGAAAUUGGAAGAUCUGUUAAGGAUUUAUGACCAAGAGAAAGUCAAUUUCUUAUCAUCAUUUAUUGGACAGAAAACCAAAGCAUAUGUGUUAUUGGCAGACAGAAAAUUGAAAAAACUCAUAUUUUCAGUCAAACCAAAAGAGAAUGAAGAACUAACUGAGAAAAAGAGAAAGCUUAUGGCUAGACUUCAAGUUGGUGAUAUAGUGAAAUGCCGCGUCCAGAAGAUAGCUUACUUUGGAGUUUUUGUUGAGGUUGAGGGAGUUUCUGCACUAAUUCAUCAGUCAGAAAUAUCUUGGGAUGCCACACUGGACCCAUCUAAUUAUUUUAAGAUUGAUCAGGUUAUAGAGGCAAAAGUUCACCAAAUAAACUCUGCUCUUGGGCGCAUAUUUUUAUCAUUAAAGGAGGUCACGCCUGAUCCAUUGAUGGAAUCCUUAGAGUCUGUAUUUGGGGAUCAUGAAUCCUUUGGUGGGAGAUUGGAAGCAGCUCAAACUGAUGCAGAGUGGUCUGAAGUUGAAUCUCUUAUAAAAGAAUUGCAAAAAAUUGAGGGAGUCCAGUCUGUUUCAAAAGGCCGUUUUUUCAGGAGCCCUGGUUUAGCUCCCACAUUUCAGGUUUAUAUGGCAUCCAUCUUUGCGGAUCAGUACAAGUUGCUUGCCCGUUCAGGAAACAGAAUACAAGAGGUGAUGGUUCAAACUGUUUUAGAUAAAGAAGAGAUGAAGUCAGCUAUUAUGACAUGUGCAAGUAGGGUAGAAUAGUUGUGGCCUAUGGCUCUAAACAUGUCAUUGCCAGAUUUUUGGUGAUUAUACAUUCUUUUGGGGAGUGCUGGCUGCAACCAUAGGAGCAUUUCAAGGAAAUAAUAGAGGUUUGUGGCAAGGAUCAAAGUUUUCUUUCCCCAAAGAAAAAAAGGCUUGAAACUGCACUCUCCAAGGAAAACGAUAUAUUUGUGUUUUUUUUUGUACAGCACCAAUUGAGAAAUUAUUAAAUCUUCGCGGUCGGGUCUAUUCGUGUAUUUACGCAGAUAUACGUAUAUCUCUUUGGUAAUUUGAACAUAUAAAAUCCAGGCUGGCAUUGUUGGGACA